UCAGGAACUCAGUUACCAUGUCACUUUUCCGACAAAGAUCAACAUCAUGUAGCCGUUUGAAGGAGAUAUUUCUAUGUCCUAGAAGUUCCAGUGGUUGGUUGAGAACAAAUGUAACACAACCUAAGAGAAAGAUAAGUUCUAAUGCAGCAUACUUGACAAGAUCUCAAUACUAUUCAGCCAUUGGUACCUUGGUAGGGACUCUGACUGGAGUUGGACUCAUCCUCAAUAAACAAAAGAUUUCUCAAGCCAAAGAAGCAGCAAAGUCCCUUGGUCAACCAUCACAGGACAAAGAUCCUGUUUAUUCUACAGAAGAGGUUUCUCAACACAAUAGCCAUGAAAAAGGAAUCUGGGUGACUUACAAAGGAAACGUGUAUGAUAUUACAGACUUUGUUGCUAACCAUCCUGGAGGGUCUGAAAAGAUAAUCUUAGCUGCUGGUGGAGCUCUGGAACCAUUCUGGGCUCUUUAUGCUGUGCACAAUAAUGAACAUGUGUUGGAACUUUUGGGAGAAUAUCGCAUUGGUUCUUUGUCCAAAGAUGAAAGUUCUAUUGAAGCUGUAGAUAUCAAAGAUCCUUACAUAACCGAUCCACCUCGUCAUCCUGCCUUGAAGGUCAACACUAAGAAACCUUUCAAUGCUGAGCCACCUUUGCAGCUCCUGUCAGACAAUCUCAUCACCCCUAACGAGAUCUUUUUCAUUCGCAAUCAUCUUCCAGUUCCAGACAUUGAUGAAACCAAGUAUGAGUUAGAGAUUACUGGUGAAGGAAUUAAACCUGUGAUGCUCUCUCUUGAGGACUUAAAGACCAAGUUUCCGAAGCGUAGAGUAACUGCAACAAUGCAAUGCGCAGGGAACAGAAGAAGUGAAAUGAAUCGGAUUAAACUGGUGAAAGGCCUUAACUGGGGAGCGGCAGCUAUUAGCACUGCUGAGUGGACAGGUGUUCUCUUGAAAGAUGUAUUGAGGUACGCGGGAGUCGAUGAAGCAUCUGUUCAGAAAAAUGGGGUACAACACAUUCAAUUUGAAGGAGCUGAUCAUGACAUAACCGGCUCUACCUAUGGGGCCUCUAUACCCGUUGACAGUGCGCUUUCUUCAGAAAGAGACGUACUUGUAGCUUACGAAAUGAACGGGGUUCCUAUUCCCAGGGAUCACGGCUUCCCCGUACGACUUGUAGCACCGGGGGUUGUGGGUGCCCGUAACGUAAAAUGGUUGAGGAAGAUUGUAUCCAGUAAAGAAGAAAGCUCGAGCCAUUGGCAGCAGAAUGAUUACAAAGGAUUCUCCCCGACAGUUGACUGGGAUACCGUCGACUUUAAGUCUGCACCCGCCAUUCAGGAGUUGCCUGUUACCUCAGCCAUCUGUGAACCAGCAGAAGGCGCCGUCGUCUCGGCGAAUGACGGAGAAAUCUCACUCAAAGGGUAUGCAUGGAGUGGCGGAGGUAAAGGCGUUGUUCGAGUAGACGUGUCACUGGAUGGCGGUAAAACAUGGCACGUUGCUAACCUAGAUGGAGAGGACAAGCUUCAUCGAGCGUGGGCCUGGAAACUGUGGAAUGCCACUCUGCCCCUACCAGAAGGGAAGGACGCCCUGCAGAUCUGUGUCAAAGCUGUAGACUCGUCCUACAACUCACAACCCGACAGUGUUGCUCCCAUUUGGAACUUACGAGGAGUGUUGUCCAACGCUUGGCAUAGAGUUAAUAUCACAGUCAAACAGGAUUCGCAGGAAUAGGAGAAUGAUGAUGGAUAGUACUGGACGUCAAACGUCACCCGGUCGUCGAUAAUGAAAAUAAUAGCAGAUUUUGUAUUUUUUUUUCUCAAUUCUUUUGCGUUUCUUGGUAAUGCUCGGUAGCUCUUUAUGUCUACUCUUACGUUAAAAUGUAAAUAUCAGGCAGUCGAAAAGCUGCCAGAUCUUAACCCAGUUUCGAUAUCUUACGAGCAGGUCCUCUUUAAUGCGAGCGUUACAAUGCUGAGUUGUCCCAACUGGAAAUAAUAGUUUAUUACUUAUAUAGCGCAAAAUACAUGUGGAUAUGAUCUAAUGCGCUAGUAAAUUUAACCUUUCUGGUAUCGAGAACUUUAUCAUCAUCGUUGUAAUCACUAUCCGGUCUGUUUUAGCGUGUGUGUGCGUGUUUUUUUUUUUCGUCGAAGGUUGAAGGAAAACUUUAAAAGUCCUGGAAGACUACAUUAUUUCAAUCCAGGCCUACUGAAUUUGAAUAUGGGGCAUAGGAAGAGGCUUAUUGACGGAUUUUUUUUUCAGUGAACAUCGAAAUAGAAAAUAAUUUGUCGUAGACAUUGUUUUGUCAUAAUACUGGAAACAACUUCCUGGUCUUGGGUCAUAGUAAACAAUUUACAAAAGUUCGAGU